UUGUUCAUUCUCUGUGAUCCUUUUCGAAUUCGAAGUAGACUUGCAAAAAAGUUUUAUGUGCAUGUGAUGACAGUUAAACUUUCUGAGACUCCAAAUUUAAGAGUCAGUUAUUAUUAACCUGAAUAAUAAUUCUUCCAUCGUCAAAACAUUUUCAAAAAUGGAGGUGAAAACAAUUGUCGCCGGUCAAACGAUUAAUAUUAACCGAAGUGAUGGAAGGGUUCAUCCAGCUGUAGUUGUAUCAAUCAAUCAAGAAAGCAAUUUCGUAAGAGUGGAAUGGUUUGAAGACGGGGAAACAAAGGGAAAAGAUUUGGACUUUCGUGUUGCUUCCAUGCUUAACCCUACUUUAAAAUUCAAUAAUACUGCCUUGCCAGAAUCACCUAAAAAAAUAGUUAACGAAACAAACAACUUACCACGUAAGAAUAUUCCAGUUAAUAACAGAAGGACAAAUAUAGGACGAAAGCGAAUAACUCCAGUCCAUGAGUUGGAAACUCCUGAAAUCAUUCCAAAAUUGACUACAUCAAGAUCGCAACUUAAAGACCCACAGUAUCAUAAUUCGUUUUCUCAGGAAUUAUCUAAAAUCGACAAAGCCAAAACUGAGAAACGCAAUAAGAAAUCAUUAGCACCAAAAGAUAUAAAUACAGGAGUUAGGAGAACACAGAAUAACCUAAAUAAGAAACUAGCUGCUAUGGUUGCUGAAGAAAGAGCCAAAUUAGUUUUCAGCCCAUUAGCAACUGAUGAUGUGGUGGAGGACCAUUUAAUUACUGUUUGUGUUAGAAAACGUCCAUUGAAUAAGUUUGAAAUGAACAAAAAUGAGGUUGAUAUAAUUUCAGUACCCAAAAAGAAUAAUUUGAUAGUUCAUGAGCCAAAAACUAAAGUAGAUUUGACAAGAUAUAUUGAUAAUCACAACUUUAAAUUUGAUUAUGCAUUUGAUGAAAAUUGUAACAAUUCUGUUGUGUAUAAAUACACUGCACAACCUUUAGUGAAAACAAUUUUUGAAGGUGGCUUUGCUACAUGUUUCGCAUAUGGUCAGACUGGUUCUGGAAAAACAUAUACAAUGAGUGGUGACGUUGCAGGUGCUGAUCUAGGAAUUUAUGCCUUGGCUAUUUCUGAUGUCUUCAAAUUAAUCAGUUCACCCAGAUAUAAGCAUUUGAAUUUGAUUGUUUCUUGCAGUUUCUUCGAGAUAUAUUCUGGAAAGGUACUUGAUCUUUUAAAUUCAAAAUCUACCUUAAAAAUCCUAGAAGAUGGAAAGCAGCAAGUUCAAGUUGUAGGACUUAAAGAAAAACAUGUCAUAAGUACCAACGACGUGAUGAAUUUAAUCAGUAAAGGUGAUAUUUUGCGUACAUCUGGUCAGACUUCUGCUAAUGCCAAUUCAUCCCGCUCUCAUGCUGUUUUCCAAAUUUACCUUAGGAAAAAUGGAUCAGUAUAUGGUAAAUUAUCUUUAAUUGAUUUAGCAGGAAAUGAAAGGGGUGCAGAUACGUUUUCAUCAGAUAGACAGACACGACUCGAAGGCGGAGAAAUCAAUAAGUCACUUUUAGCUUUAAAAGAAUGUAUUAGGGCACUAGGCAGAAAAGGGGCACAUCUUCCUUUCAGAGUGAGCAAACUCACCCAAGUCCUGCGUGAUUCAUUUGUGGGAAACAAUUCUAGAACUUGCAUGAUAGCAAUGGUUUCUCCUGGCGUUGGAUCAUGCGAAAAUACUUUGAACACAUUACGUUAUGCAGACCGUGUGAAAGAGCUAGGCUCUGGUGAUCAAAGUAAUGAAUCAACAGCGGCUAACAGUAAAAUGGAUAUUCCAACAAAUCUACCCUGUAUAGCAGAUGAUGAUGAAGAUAUAGAGCUGAGAUAUACGAAUGAACUACAAAAUUCUGAAGACAAACUGGUUGAUAAUCAUCGAAACAUGUUAGUUAAACUUACUGAAAUAGAAAAACAGGGACAAAAUUUAUUGAAAAUGACAAAUGGCUAUGCUUUCGAUAAGACAUCUUAUGUUAAUAAAUUCGAACAGUUGAUAGAUGACACAAUCUCCCAGUUAUUAGUCACCAAAGAUUACAUUGAUGAUUUUAAAACAAAACUGUCUCAAUGCUAAUUUGUUUAAUUGAAUUAAAAAUUUUUAUUCUGUAAUAUUUAUUAGUAUCAUUCUUUCCUUUCAAAGUGUUUUUGUUCUACUGUUUAAAGUUUUUAUGGAAAAUUCCUGCUCCAAUUGACUAGAUUUUUCAUGUUUGCAAUAAAUUUGAAAAUUUUA